GAUCUCUGAUUUGAGAAAUUGUUGUGGCUAUAAAUUAAUAUGCAAUCUUCAACAACGUCGUUCAAAGCUACCUAGCAGUUCAAUUAUCUUCCAGUUCUCCGGUCUGAGCUAGCUUCUGCAAGUCUUCGAUUAACAAAAAACAAUGGCAGUUGAAGGUCUUGGCUUAGUUGAUCCCAUUUCAAUCCAAAGUGAUUUUCCUCGUGAUGUUCAUCGUCCUGUGGCCAAUUUUCAUCCCGAUAUCUGGGGAAAUCAGUUCCUGGUCUAUUCCCCUGAUUCCGACAAGGCAACAUGGGCUUCUAAGAAGGGACAGCUUGAACAGCUAAAGGAAAGAGUCAGGACAGAGCUUCAUGCAACUGCUAGUAAUCCUUCACAACAGCUGCAAUUGAUUGAUGCGAUUCAACGACUAGGCAUAGCAUAUCAUUUUGAAGAGGAAAUCGGUCAAGCUUUGCAAAAGAUGCAUGAGAAACAUCAGAAUUGGGAGGGCAAUGACCACAUCUACACUGCUGCUCUCUGUUUUCGAAUUCUAAGACAAGAGGGAUUCAGAAUUUCAUCAGAAAUAUUCAAGAAAUUCCUGAAUGCUGAAGGUAAGUUUGGAGAAUGUUUGGUUAAUGAUGUACCGGGCAUGCUUGCACUUUAUGAAGCUGCUCAUCUCAGAACGCACGGGGAUAAUAUUUUAGAUGAUGCCCUGGCCUUUACCAGUAAUCAUCUUCAGUCUUGCAAGUUAAGCAGUCCAGUUGCUGAGCUAGUAAGUCACGCACUAAUGCAGCCUUAUUGGAGGGGUUUACCAAGAUUAGAGGCCAAACAUUACAUAGACAUGUAUGAAAAUUUUCCUUCACAUAAUACAACUUUACUAAUGCUGGCUAAGCUGGACUUUAACAUGCUACAAUCUCAGCACAAGGAAGAGCUACAAGAAAUUUCCUUGUGGUGGAAAGAACUAGACUUUGCAAGAAAGCUUCCAUUCGCUAGAGAUCGAAUGGUUGAGGGCUAUUUCUGGAUCGUGGGAGUAUAUUUUGAGCCUCAAUAUGCUCUCGCUAGAAAGAUUAUGUCCAAGGUUUUAGCCAUUACAUCCAUAAUAGAUGAUAUUUAUGAUGCUUACGGGACAUACGAAGAAAUUCAAAUCUUCACAGAAGCAAUUGAGAGAUGGAACUUUGGCUGCAUGAAACAACUCCCAGAUUAUAUGAAGAUUUGUUACCAAGCACUCUUGGAUUUGUUUGAAGAAAUUGAGGAAGAAAUGGCCAAGAAAGGAAGUUCAUAUCGAACAUAUUACGCCAAGGAAGCACUGAAGUUGCUGGCUCGUGCCUAUUUUGUUGAGGCCAAGUGGCUGCGUCAAGGGUACAUACCAACCGUGGAGGAAUAUAUGCGAAUUGGAUUGGCUUCCUGUGGAUACACCACUCUUACGAUAAUAUCCUUCCUAGGCAUGGGGGAUAUUGUCACGAAGGAGAGCUUCGAUUGGGCAUCAAAUGACCCUGAUAUCAUAAGAGCUGCAUCAAUCAUUUGCAGGCUUCGGGAUGACAUUGUGGAGCACAAGUUUGAACAAGAAAGGCCGCACAUUGCUUCAGCGGUGGAAUGCUACAUGAAGCAACACGGUGUAACAGAGCAGCAAGCAUCCGGGGAACUUUACCGACAAAUCGAGGAUUCGUGGAAGCUCGUGAACCAACAACUCCUUAAACCUAGUACUACUGGUUUUGAUGCAGCAGAAUUUGUUCCUCCCAGGGCUGUCCUCCUUCGAGUUGUCAACUUGGCACGUGUGAUAGAUGUUGCUUAUAAGCACAAUGACGAGUACACACACGUGGGAGAAGUCAUGCGAAGUUACGUUACUUCGAUGUUCAUUAAGCCCGUUCCCGUAUAAGUAAUUAAUAUCAUUUGUGAAAUAUAAUAAAAUUGAUCCUAAGGAAGUCGUUAAUGGCACUCUAAGCAUAUAAUCUCUUUUGAGGGGAAGAAAAAGAUGAAGUGUUAUUAAUCUUGACUAGCCUAUUGAAGUCAAUAGGCACAUAAUCUUGUAUGAGCCUAGAAGAAAUAAAGAAAUUCUUCAUGUUUGGUUUCUCUUUGUUUAUUAAUCUUUUCAUUUUA